AUGCAUCAAAUCCCUAGACGAUUUCGAAUGCGCCAAUCUGCAUGUAUUCCAUACAUCAGGACACUCACACAACAAAGAUCUCAGUAUAAUACAGAGUUGGCACCGGCAUCUACAAGAAUAUACGAAAAAGACGAUAGGCUGAUUUCUGGCCGAGAAGCUGGGGGUGGGACAAGACAGCAUAAUAUUCAACAAGAGACUGGACAAAGGCCGCCAAAAUCCGAAUUACCCUUCCCGCUGGGUAUUCGCCUGCGUCGAAGCCAAAAAGAUACUCCAUCGGGCCAGAAGUCCGAUCUGGAUGCCAUAUACUUUUGGGAGUGUCGCAUUCUAACGAGCCGUCAGGAUCGUGGAGACCAAGGAACAUGGCAAACGCUUCUGGAGCUUCGGGACAGAGACCAAUCGCAUCUCUUAACCAAAACUGGAGCUCUGUUUCUGCGUGAUAACAUCUUGGAGGCAGCGUUGACAAAUUCUGACCGGAUGGAAGAGCUUUUCAAGGUCGCAGCGCAACUAGUAGAAACUCACGACUUCAAUUGGCCUGAACUAUACCUGAAAGUGGUUCAUUUCUAUUUAGCACACGCUGAUUACGAAACUGCAUUGGGCUGGCAUUUCAAACUCAUGCCCAUGUUCUGUCCUGAGUUGGAUAGCUUCGGUGCUCUGCUGGCAAGUUGUGCCAUCGACUUCACUCCCAAGCUUCAGAGUACUUUGACCAAGAUAUACGUUUUCAGUCCAUACCGUGAGUUGUACGACUAUGUUGUGCCGGCUCUCUUUGAAAGUGGCCAGUCACAUGCCGCGCGUGUCUGGAGGAAACGGUUCAAUCUUUUCAAUGACCAUCCCAAGUCGCCUAAGUCCAUGCCUUUCUUGGAUUUCCUUUCUCGCUACUUUUCCGCAAUCCAGUUCACAAAGGAAGAGCUGGCGGUACUUAAUGGAGACACCUGCCUUGGUGAUGGCGUUGGUACUUCUGUACAAAAGGACACCCGACUGGAAACGCACAGCUUUUUUAGCGACAGGUUUACAGCACGAUGGUUCGCCAGCUCUUGGACAUCUCCAGAGUUUGCGAUCAACCUGAUGCAUAAGAUUGGCCUCCGCACAAUUAGCUAUCAUUCGUUGCAAUCCAUUGCAUUGAGAGAAGAUGACGCCCGCGGAGUUGCUGAUCGCCUGACACAACUCCGAAAGCUGGGGAUCAAAAUAAGAUCUGGAGCCUAUUGCGAUGCAAUCAUCUCCUUCGCUGAACGAGGUGAGGACGAGUUGCUCAGAACCCUUCUACACUGCGAUAUACACCCAGAAGAGUUUGGGAAUCCAGAGACGCGGUCAAUGCUACUUGCAUCUUCCGCUCAACGGCAAGAUUGGGGUUUAGAGCGAUUACUUCAAGAGGUUGAAGGUGUGGCAGCUACUCCAGGACCAAGUAAGGACAACAUCAUCUACAUGGAUCUCAAUAAGCACCUGAGCAUGGCUCUGUCCAUGAAGCGUCUUGCGAAAGUCAGGAGUGUUGUUGAUAAAAUGGAUAGCCUGGAUGUAACCAUGGAGCGGGAAAACUCGAAAGCACUUCUAAACCGCAUCUUUGAAGAUAUAUGUUACCAUCCAAAGCUCAACAGGCCUCAUACGCUUGACCGAGCUAUUCACCUCUCGUUGAGAGUGGCACGACUUCGAGUUGCCGUUCCUGUUCGAUACUGGCAAAUAUUGCUCCAUAACCUCGGACGUCUGGGACGUUUUAAUGAUCUAGAAGGCCUAAGUUAUGAGAUAUGUGAACUUUAUAGGCCAGAACCAGGGGGUUUGAUUCCUGUGCAUCGGCAGGACCAGCCCCCCAGCCCUAAUACCAAAGCCGAAGAGUUGGAGGGGGAGUCAGAGACUUGGUCUGAAUACUAUUCCUUCGCCGAUGGGAAGAAGAAAAGGAGCCAUUUUAAGGAGGAGUUCUGGAGAGCCGAAAUAGGCCCACGCCAGAACGAGACAAAUCCCAAACAGAGACAUCACAAACGUUCGAAGAAUCGAAACGAUCCCAACUACCAAUUUUGCAUACCAGCAGAUCUGCCAUUCACGAACAGACAACACCCCAUACAGAAGAUUUUCGAUAUCGGUCUGCAGCGCUCCAUCAUUCGAUGGGGCUUUGAUCAGACCUUGGCGCAACAGCCAAUUCCACCUUCUCUCGUAAACGUCAAACCGGUGGGAAUCGCAGACUUCGACCUGGCUUGUGGUGUUCGCUUGUUGGCUGUUCUGAGAGACAAGGGUGUCUACGUUGAUCCCCAAAUAGUGCGAAGUACAGUAAUAAAUCGUCUCGCAGUGGCUCAAUUGCCCAUGAGGCCCAGGGCUAGGGCGAGAGACGAUAGAGAGCUCUCCCCAGCGAACAUGAAGCAACUUGUGGAAUGGGCCUGGGGCUCUCAGAUUCUCCCCAGUGAGGCGCAAUUGGCGUUGGAGAUCGAGAAGCAAAGGCCUAAGUUAUGGAAGAGCUAUCCGAGGCUUUUCGAACAAAGUUAUGAUAACGAUGAUCGCAUUUCCUCUGAACCACGCGCCUUGAGGACCAAAGAGAAAGGCCGGUUCCAAAUAGAAUAA